CGGACAUAUUGGGAAACUCCGACGAUCAGCAACAUGGCAGGUUAAGCGAUUAGGAAUAUGCGCUGAAAAGUCAUUAAUCUUGGCUUAUUCUCAUUAUGAAGGCGACGACAACCCGUCGGCAUCUCCUCGAACGACGAGAUCAGGAACUAAGACGAAAAGAACUUGAACGAGAAGACCUGUUAACCAAAUUGAAUCGAGAUGCUGUGUUUCGAAGCAAUUUGGACUCUGAUGACCGUGUUGAUGCCAAACGACGGCUGCGAAAUCAACGCAUCCGGGAGGAAGAGAGGAAGACUUAUGAAGAGCUCAUGGAUGCAGCAAAGAAAAGAAUACAACGUGAGGCACAAAUUCAACGAGAACAGGAGAUGGAACAAGAAGCCGAAAAACUCGAGCUAAAUCGUCUACGGGAGGAGAAGAUGCGACAAUCCAUUCGCGAAAAUAGUACCGAGUUGCGGGAGUUGGAGAAAAAGUUGAAUUAUGCCUAUAUGAACAAGGAGCGGUCACUCCAGAUGCAGGAGAAAGUUCUUCAUCUGCAACAGCUCAAGGCAAAAGAAGCUGAGCUUAUCGCUGAGAUGAACCGACAGCUUGAGAAGCAAAAGCAGCAAGAUCUCGAAAAGGACCGCGAAGCCUACGAAAAAUCACUAGAGUACCAUAAAGCACUUAAUGACCAGCUCCUCGAACAAGAGGCGCGACAGCAGGCUGAAUUUGAGCAGUUUUUGCGUGAAAAGGAGAUGGUGGAUGCGAUUGUGCGGAAGAUUAUGGAGGAGGAUGAGCGUGAGGCGCGCCAUAGACUGGAAAAGCAAAACGAGACCAAACAAUACAUUGAACAGUUUAUUGUCGAACGAGAACGAUGGAGGCAGGAAGAAAAGGAACGACAGAUGGCGGAGAAUAGAAGAAUUGAAGAAUAUGCUCAAAUGCAAAGGGCAAGGGAGGAGGAAUUGCAAGCUGUAAAGAAGCACCGGGACGACGAGCGGAAUGUUAUCUACGACAGGCUGGCCGCCGAGAUGGAACGACAAGAACGCGCCAAGGCUGAGCUCGAACAGCUUCGCAUCGAACUGUACCAAGAAGAGCAAGAGGAGGAGUCUCGUAGAAGGGAUCAGGAACUGUUGGAGUCUCGAAUCAGAAAGAGAUUGGAACUCAUCGACGCCUAUCGCGAGCAAAUUCUCGAAAAGAGAUUCCGACGUUUGCAAGAGCAGGAAGAGGAGGAGGAGUUCCGGAAAAAGAUGAUGCAAAAGUACGCCGAAGACGAAAAGCUUGAGCAAAUGAAUGCCCAACGCCGACGCAUGAAACAACUUGAGCACAAGCGGGCAGUUGAUGCGCUCAUCCAAGAACGACGCCUCCUAUUGCAAAAGGAACACGAGAUGGCUUUGGAGGCUCAGAAACGCGAGGAGGAACUGGAGAAAUAUCGACAGGCCGUUGUGGAGCAGGAGCGUCAGAGAUUGUUGCGGGAGCAUGCUGCAAGUCUGUUGGGCUAUCUACCAAAGGGCGUUCUGAGAGAUCAGAAAGAUCUCGACCUAUUCGACGAAGAGUUUCGCAGAAAGUUCGAGUCAAUGGGCAUCCACCCCCAUUCUGCUCCCCCCCUUUAAGUUGAAUAUACAAAAAAAAAUACGUAGUUGCGUACACUGUCUCUGUUGAUAAUUUGUUUUCAAACAACCUAUUACUAGAUGUCAUAUAUAUCAGGGUUCUUACACUCGACUCGGCUGAUUACAGUAACGUUCUUCUGAUUUCCUGGAUGAUUUGCUUCAGUGCAGGCUGCAUGACAGAGAGGUAAGCAUGUCAUAAAUGUAAGUAAACCAUGCAAAACUGCAACAACCUUUCCAACUGCGAGUGGAU